GUUCUUCUCACGCCCGGGGACAAGGACGUGAAUUCUCCCAAAACAAAUCCAUCUAUUCUCAACGUUAUGUGCCGCGACCAAUUCGAUCCAAUAACAAUGUUCUCCCCAUCAGGAUCGCCACGAUCCUCAGUCUCGUCAGCCACGACCAACGUCUGCGGUGCGCCUCUCACCCCGCUCUACGAACUUGACGGCGCUGCGGGCGAGAUGGUCGUUACGGAAUCUGCGACGGUUGACGAUAGCGAAGGCGAGCAGGACGCUUUGCUGCGUGAGCAUAUCGCCGCCGGGCAAGCAUCCAAGCGUGUUGUCAACCUUUCUCUCGCUGUCCCGCCGCCGCCGGCCUUUAGCACGUUUGCGUUCCCACCUCAAGGCGGCGCUGCUGCUGCUGCUUCUUUGGGCGUCGUGUCUCCCGGCGACGAGGGCAUAGCGCUUCCGCGCGAGGGUUUUACGUUUGGGACUUGUCCCUCUGCGCCGUUUCUUGGUACACCGGUGGUUGAGCAAGGUCCGUUCGAGUACCCGGACAUGACUGGCGACAGGUCAACCAGUCGAUCUUCGUCCAUCAAGGGGAGCUCUCCGCAAUCACGCUCGAAUUCCCGGUCUCCCAUCUUCCGCGCCCGUCCUCUCUCGAUAUCCUCACAGCACUCUCUUCACUCGCAGUCCGAUAUCCCUUCACCGCCUGCUACGCGGCGCAGCUCAACCGUGUCGGACAUUACUACUCUGCCCGUCGCGGGGCGCCGGCCGUCCAUCGUGCACUCGGCGACGGCUGAGACGCCGGUGGUCACGGACGCGACGUCUGCCUCGUCGAGCAACAACCACCAUCCGUCUACGCGCUCGGUCACGCCGCUGCCGACACCUGGCCCGCUCGCGCAUCACGGAUCUAUCAGACGGCCAAGCACGCUCUCGUUCCAGCAAAAAGCGCUUCCUCAGCCUAUCCCCCCUAGUCUCCUCGCCCGACGCGGUUCUCUCCCCGCCGCGCACCUCUUCCGCCUCCCGCUUUCCGAGCUGUCAGCACACCGGUCACGGGCCAGUGCGAGUGGUAUCCCGACCGUCCCUCAGAGCCCGGCCGUCAGUACAGCGUCGUUGUACCAGCGUCGGCAAAGCAUCGCGACCGAGACCGAGGCGGGCGGGGUUGGGCAUGCGAGGGGCGGUACGUUGGGGGAAAAGAUGCGGACGACGAGUAUCAGUGCGGGGUCGGAUUCGACGGGGUACACCUCUGCUGGCCGGCGCGGGUCCGUCCCUUCUUCCUCUUCGUCUUUUGCUGCCGCUUCUUCGCGCAACACACUGCUCAACCGAUCAGGAUCGACAUGUUCCCAGACGUCGCGGCGCUCAUUCACAACUUUACGCACACCGACGACACCGCCAGUGCCCUGCGCUUCUGCUACGCCGUCGCCGCGGAUCCAGCCUGCCAGUCUUCUUCCCCCGCUUUCCGUCCCUUCCUCGCCCCGGUCCACGAGGUCGUCUUUGGCCGAGGGGGCGCACGCGCAAACGCGAUCGGGCCACUCGGGGUCCAGCGACGACGACGACGAGAUGCUGCCUACACCUGCGAUGGACUCGCUCUCCAUCUCAAGCGGCGGCGUCGGGGCAGGGUUGAAUCGAGAUGUGGUGUGCAGAGGUUCAAGUGAGGACGAGGUGUACUUGGGCGUGGCGGCGGCGGCGUCGGGCGGGCAGAUGGUGGUGGUGGAAAGUCCGACGGCGAUGAUGCGCGACGAAAAGACGGUUUGCAAACCCUCUCCGCCGCCGUGGCCCGUUCAGGUGAUUGCGCCAACCCCGCCGAUAGAGACGGAGACGGAGAUGGAGACGCCCGGGCUGGAAACGGUGUUUGAGAGACCGCCAUUGGAGAGCGCGGAGAGUGUGGACAGCGGAAAGACGUUGACGUGAAUGAGGUUUCACGCUUUUGGGCAGAGUCUGCGGGGGGGGGAGUAUAAUGGACAGUCUUGAGGCUGAAUGUUUAAAUCUUUGCGGCUGAGCCCUUACGAACUCGGGCUUAUCGACUGAGCAAGCGAACCUAUAAUUGUUGUCUCACCAUCUCAAACAAGCUCUUUAACACAUCAAACGAAUACACGGAAUCCAUUUUUCAUCUUGUCAAACUGCUACCUGUCUGCUUGUACCGAGUAUCGCUUUAAUCCUUGUCCUUUUACGAAUAAUACGGUUACUUUUACGCUUUUCAUCUCGUCUUCUGCAUCGUAAAUUAGCAUUUUCAUACGCACACGGUUUUUCAUCUGGGCUUUUGGGUGGGCGAGGGGUAAUACAUAAAAGGCGCGAGUCAUGCGGCCGAGUUUUGCAUCCGCACACAAAUGAA